UAAUACGGUGAUUAUUAUCAUAUCAUCAUCGUACACUGGUAACAAACAUAACGUUUGAUAAUACGGCGUGUAGAACACCGAGGAACACAUUUUAUAAAAAUGGAUAUAUCUUUAAAUAUUCCGGUCUUGUUUGGUUUCUUAAAAGUAUCUAUAGCAGUUUAUGGUGUAAACCCAUCUAUAGAUUCUCCAGUUACGAAUGUCACUGCAUUAGAAGGUAACACCGUCACUUUGCCUUGUGUUGUAAAAUACCUGGGCGAAUUUAAGGUUGUAUGGAUAAGUCCAUCUUCGGUUGCAUUGACUCUCGAUGAUCGAAGUAUAACGGACGAUGCUCGUUACCUUGUCGAGAGACCAUUUAGCCAAGAAUGGAACUUAAAUAUUAUGAACGUAACACACCAAGACGCUGGGCAAUAUCGCUGCCAGGUAAACACCGUUCCAGUCACGUCAAAAACUGUCAACCUUGCCGUUCUAGUUCCUGCCAAGAUUAUCAAAGAUAUUUCAAGUAGAGAUGUGAUAUUGAAAGAAGGUGAAACAUUGUUUCUACAGUGUAACGCCACAGGGUUUCCGCAGCCUACAGUCAAAUGGUAUAAACUACAAUUGGGACAAAAGCAGGACAUACACCGUUCUGGAGAUGUGUUGAUUAUACCAAACGUGACCAGACAGACGGCCGGUACAUACGAGUGCGUGGCUUAUAAUGGUAAAUCAGACAGCAAGAAAACUAGAGUUAUCGUACAAUUUGCUCCAAAGGUCAGCCUCCUAUCCAAGCGGAUUGGUCAGAAUGUUGGAAAAGAAACCAUCCUGGACUGUAAGAUUACUGCCAACCCGCCUUCAGAUAUGUAUUGGCUAAAGGGCAACACCAAUCUUGACACCCCCAACAAAGGCAAAUACCAGAUGAGACUCUAUGGCAGCAACAUAGACAAUACUGUUAAAACAUUGUCCUUGGCAAUAUCAGACCUACAAAAAGAUGACUUUGGAAACUAUACGUGCUACGCUAGAAAUUCCUUAGGCAAAGAUUUUGACACAGUGUUAGUAUAUGAUUACGCCAUACAUUUCACUACACCCGCAUCAAUUGAUACAAGUCAGACAAAUCUACAGAUCAAUCAUUCUAAAGCUACAGGUUUAUCGGCUGAUGUGUCUAAAGGGAAUCAUUACAUGAUGACGUCAUCAAUUUUAUUACUCUAUAUUACGAUGGUCUUUAUAAUAUUCUAAAUGAAAAAAGCCAACACUUUAUCACAUUUUAUCGACAUAUCUUAAGUAACUAAACAUUAAUGUAGGAAUAGUGAAUAGCUUUACCCCUCACUUUAGUUAGUUAUACUGUUAAUGCAAGUGUACCACGUGACUAAGAAAUUUGUACUGUCACAGGGUAACAGUAUCUUUAACAGUAUAAAAUAUUGUCAAAUGGUCUAUUUUCUAAAGAAAAUAAAUAAAAUCAUCAUAAAAAAUCAUCACACGUACUGUUCGGGUAACAGUAUUUUCCUUGGGAUGAUAUUUUUACUGUUACCCACAAACCCCAUGUGUUAUUUAUAUAAUAAUGCAGCAUGCUGAAAUAGAAGAAUAGGAAGGUUAUAUAGUUGACCUGCUUUAAUUCAAUUAACCCCUAGCCUGCUGAAUGUUAAAAAAGGGACUUAUCCAGCUUCCAUCUUCAAGGUUAAAGCUUUAAACGAAUGUUUCCAUUAUUACAAUUGGUAAUAUGGUCGCAUGUUACUAUAGAAACGUUUGUGUUACAUGUGGCAUCAGAAUAAAAUUCCAGCCGUUUACACAUUUUAUAUAUUUUUUCAUAUAUUUUUUUUCUUCAAAUGUUGUCCCAACAAAUGAGCAACCUAUAAAUGUUAAGCAAAGUUUUUCAUGCAUACAGUAUGACAUUGGAUGCUAUAACAACGAUUUUAUCUAUAUCACAAAAACUUCUUGUUUGUUUUUUAAUUUAAAUUCUACCUUUAGCAGUUUAAUGAAGUUUUUCAGAUUUCCUCUAAUAAUCAAAGACUUUUGUCCCUUAUUUUCGACCUGAUGUUUAUCUGUAUAUAUAUUCUGUAACAUUAUGUAUAUAUAGUGUUGAUAAGACAUACACCACUUUCUUAUCAUAAUCCUUCAUUUUCAAUACGUUGAUGGUAGUUCAUAUUAGCAUAAACAUAGUUGUAAGAUAAGUACUUUCAGCUUUCAUUAUUAAAAUUCUAGUCUACCCCCUUUGGCUUGAGCGAUCGAAAUAUGAGAGAAAAAUGAUGUGAUCCAAGUAGGUUCAAACUUAAAUUCUCAUAGAUUGGCAGCAGACACAUUUUCUCCAAUAUCUUGCUCCCAAUUUAAUAUGUUGAUGAUCUUGUAACUAAAGAAAGUUGAUAGAGCUCAAAAACGUCAGUGUAGUUCUUAAGAUUUUACAUUUUCUUUCUAAAAAUACAUAUUUGUUUACCAUUUUCGUACGAACAGUGCUAAAUAAAUUUAGACAAUUUA